GUUCCUGCUCUCCGAAAAAAUGUUGGCUCUGGUUUGAACAGCCUGGCACUUCGAAUUCCACUGUUUACUUUUUCUUCAUUCUUCCCCAUUGACUUCGACACAGCGCGUCGAUCCACGAUUGACUUCAUCUCAGCGAAUCCAAAACCACCAUUCCCAUAUUCCCAUCGACCUUCAAUCAUCCCGCUGCAGCAUCCGGCUGCGAAACGCGCUUUCAACAUGAAUAUCUUCAGGUUACUUGCUGACCUGUCUCACCUCUUCUCAAUCUUCAUCCUCCUCCACAAAAUGCGAACUACCAACUCAUGUUCCGGAAUAUCAUUCAAGUCACAAGCCCUAUACUUCCUCGUCUACCUCACUCGAUACCUUGAUCUCUUCUGGACAUUCACCGACAGCGCAUGGAACACCAUCUUCAAGAUCAUCUUUCUCUCCUCUUCUGCAUACACUCUUUACGUUAUGCUGAACGACUACAAGCCCACGCACGACCCGAAUCUCGAUACCUUCCGCGUCUCCUACUUGACAGGCAGCUCUGCCGUCCUUGCCAUACUAUUCCCAUACAAAUGGACUCUUCCCGAGAUGCUCUGGGCGUUCUCGAUAUGGCUGGAAAGCGUUGCCAUCCUGCCGCAAUUGUUUAUGCUCCAGAGAACUGGUGAAGCCGAAACCAUCACAACACAUUACCUGUUUGCUCUGGGCAUUUACAGAGCCUUGUACAUUCCCAAUUGGAUCUAUCGAUAUUUCGCAGAGGGACAUUUCGACCCGAUCCCGGUCAUGGCCGGCAUCAUACAGACGAUCUUGUACUCGGACUUCUUCUGGGUCUACUACACAAAGGUUCUCAAAGGAAAGAGCUUCAAACUUCCUGUCUAGGCUUUUGCAGUCGGAUAUACCCAUGAUAAUGUCCAAGGUCCUGCGUGAGAUCACGAAAGUCCAGCUUUCCAUACCGACCUUAUAGGCAAGCAUGCAUCACCAGGAGCGAUUGCGAAAGCUCUACCGAUGGAAUUCGAGCUCAGAAAUAUCGAGACUCAUAACGUGCUCGUAAUAUACCACCGACAGCAGUCGGAAUCUACGAAUUUCACAAGGAAAGAUCUCCGUGCUCACUCUUUGUGCCGUUCGGACCGUUUCCACAAAAUGAGUACCGUCGGAGCAACCUGCAGGUCCGUUUUGGCACCUACUGCAGCACAUCGUGUGGCAGGUCUGGCCCUGGAGGUUGGGGAGUGGCUGAGCUCUCGGACAAGGCCUUGUUGCGCCGCGCUGAAGCAUCAAACACCAUGCUGAGCUGGCGUGGAGACUGCCGUCGAAUCUGCGAUCUCCCUUUCACCCAAUUAACAUAUCUGCAGAUUUUCAGCUUUGGCUUGCUGCUGAAAAGGACGGUCUGAAAGUAGCUCUUAUAAGUCACCAUCAGUCAAAUAGCCCUUGGACUAGGUUGCACUAGCGGGACUGAAGAGUUUCACAAGUUUGCAGUUGUUCAUCCUGACUGCAAAGUUCCGCUCAGCAAAGCCUAUCUGCUGUCUAAGAGUCCUUCGUCAAGUCUCGCUGUUGGGUGAUGGACCGCACAGCGAGCCACGGGUUCCCUUAGAAUGAUGGAGGGCCGCACCAAUGGACAGACCUGUUACCUACAGAACGGCAAGGCGCUCUCUCUCCGCUCGAGCAUGGCGCCAUGCUACGAAAAAUGGCGACGAACCCUCGUCCAAAGAGCCACAUGUGAUCUUUUUGGCAUUGAUGGUCAGGAACAUUCCAGCCACGCGUGCGGGCCGGCAAUGCCUUAAGACUCCUCUUGUCAGUUACUGUGGUCGAGUUCUGGUGAUGGGAGAGUCUGUACUCUGUAGAGACGUUGGCUUCUGGUUCCUCUUUGGCAGCAACGCUGCCUCUGUCUUAGGCGGGAGAAACAGCUUUCAUCAAGAUGACAGGUUGUGGCAGAUAUACCCAAUUGCUACCUAAAUACGCCUUGCUGGUAGCUAGGAAAUGUAGACUACGCUCGUCCACAUUGAUCAUGAAUCUGAUUUCAGUCCAUAGCCACUUUCCAGUAUCUAGG